AAAUUGAUCAAAUACACUUGGCUUAAGCUAUAAAAAGGGUUUGGAGCAAUAGUAACAAGAGGCAACUGAGACCAAAUUCUUUUUUCAUAAACCGUGAAAGAUAUAGUGGAAAUGGAGGAGGGGGAAGAAGAUGUGAAGGUGGGUGCAAAUAGGUAUGGAGAGGGGCAACCCAUAGGAACAGCUGCUCAAACCCAACAUGGCAAGGACUACACAGAGCCACCUCCAGCACCACUUUAUCAGCCCGGGGAGUGGUUAUCAUGGUCUUUUUACAGGGCAGGCAUCGCUGAAUUUGUUGCCACUUUUUUGUUCCUUUACAUCACAGUUCUAACUGUCAUGGGGGUGGCAAGAUCCAGCACCAAGUGUUCCACGGUUGGCAUUCAGGGUAUUGCUUGGGCUUUUGGUGGGAUGAUUUUUGUUCUUGUCUAUUGUACUGCUGGCAUUUCAGGGGGUCACAUCAACCCAGCUGUGACUUUCGGGCUGUUGUUGGCAAGGAAGCUGACAUUGACAAGGGCAGUGUUUUACAUGAUAAUGCAGUGUCUUGGAGCAAUAUGUGGUGCUGGUGUUGUAAAAGCUUUCCAAAAGAGCCCCUACGAGAUACUUGGUGGAGGUGCAAACACUGUCAGUACAGGAUACAGCAAGGGCAGUGGACUUGGCGUUGAGAUUCUUGGCACCUUUGUACUUGUCUACACCGUCUUCUCUGCCACUGAUGCCAAGCGUAGUGCCAGAGACUCCCAUGUUCCUGUCCUGGCACCACUACCUAUUGGAUUUGCAGUGUUCUUGGUUCACUUGGCAACCAUUCCUAUUACAGGCACCGGUAUUAACCCAGCCAGAAGUCUUGGUGCAGCCCUCAUCUACAACAAGGACAAAGCUUGGGAUGAUCAUUGGAUAUUCUGGGUAGGACCAUUCAUUGGAGCGGCGCUUGCAGCCUUGUACCAACAGAUAGUGAUCAGGGCCAUCCCUUUCAAAUCCAAAUGAUGCAUGACAGAAAACAAGGUUCUUUAGAGUUCCCGAUCAAAGUAUAUCUGAAAUAAUCCUCUUUAUUCUGCUAUUAAGGGAUUUAGUUAUUUAUUUUUCGUCCCUCAUUUUAGCAUGUAGAUGGUGAAGAAAGAAAUGUUAUAGCUUAUGGUAGUGGUGGUUCCAUUUAUGUAAAUUACUCACUCACCAGGUUACCAGAAUUACACGUUCGAAAUUUUGGAAUAUGGCUCUCAAUUGUGUCUGAGUCUA